UGGCUGAGUGUCCCUUUUAUAAAGGGAUCAAACAUCAGAAUGUUGGCAUUUUGUAAUUAAGUUCAUCAUGGUGGUCAUGCAGGUUCACAUAAGAAUAUGGCUAUUGUUAGUCUGCUUCCUAUUUCUCGCUGCCUAUGGAAACACUUCAGGACCAUAUUUUAUGGUGACAUUUCCUGCAGUGAUAGAGUCUGGCUCAAAAGCUACAUUUUGUGUGAGUCUUUUGAAGCCUAACGAGACUCUGCAAAUGAACAUUUAUCUGGUUCACAACAAAGAGAGCAGAAUUCUUUUACAAGAAACAUUGGAAAAUGAAUUUCACAUUUGCUAUAAAUUUGAGGCUCCAAUGGUCGAGAAUGAAUCAGUGCAGAACUUCAAAGUAUUAGUCAAAGGUAAAAGUUUUACUGUGACAGAGACAAGUAAAGUGAUGUUUAAAUCAUACCAAAAAUUGGGAUUUAUUCAGACGGAUAAACCUAUCUACAAUCCAGGACAAACAGUGAAUUUCAGAAUUGUCUCUAUGGAUUCUAAUUUUAUUCCCCUUGAACAAAAGUACAGCACAAUUAUUCUGAAGGAUAUUAAUCAGAACAUGAUUGGUCAGUGGACUAAUGUGUCCUCGACAGGCCUGAUAUUGCAGCUUUCACAUCAGCUAAAUGCAGAAGCGCCAGAGGGCUAUUAUUACUUAACUGCUGAAACUGUAAAUAGGUCAAUCACACACAUUUUUCAAGUGAAAAAAUAUGUUUUACCCAAGUUUGAGGUCACAGUAAAAACAUCAGAAGAGCACAGUAUCGUUGAAGAGGAACUGAAACUGGAGGUUUGUGGAAAGUACACUUUUGGACAGCCAGUACCUGGUGUUGCACAAGUGCAAGUGUGUCGUGAAUUUAGAAAGAAUUAUCUUGAGAAUGACCAAAUGAUUUCGCCGUGCCUGGUAGAAACAAUAGAGAUGAGUAAGACUGGUUGUGCUUUGCUUGUAUAUAAUGUGUCAACCUUCCUGAAUUCUGAAUUCAAGGCUAAGUUAGAGAACCGUCUUAAUGCUACAAUUACUCUAACAGAGGAAGGAACAGAAUUGUCUAUGGUAAAAUCUGUAAUCAUAGGACUCACCUACCAAAUUGGUCAAUUGGAAUUUGUGAAUUUACCAAAACAUUUUGAACGACACAAAUUUAUAGAAGGGACUAUUAAAGUUACUACCUUCAGUGGAAAACCAAUUCCUAACAAGAAAGUGUAUCUUUUAGAAGGUGCACGUUGGUCUCAAAAGUUACAACUUAAUCUUACUACAGAUGAUAAUGGAUUCGCUAACUUCUCAAUCAAUCCACCUGCACAUCCUACAAAAGAGAUUACAUUAAUGGCAAGUGUUAAUCCCGUGAUCAAAUACAGUGAAUACAAAACGCCAUUCUUUUCACAUGCUGAUGCAAGUUUGCAGCUAUUUGAACCCGCCACACCGUACAAUCCAGUUUUCAGUGGACUGUCGAUAGAGAACUCAGAGGAACCAUUAAAAUGUGGUGCUGAAAUCCCUAUAACCAUUAACUACUAUAUUGUUGGAGAAACUACAGAAAACUACAGCAUUGGUCUUGUUUACAUUGUCUUAUCAAAAGGAGUUAUUGUCCAUCAUGGGUAUAAGAAAGUUGAUGUUGAAGAGUCUACAGAUGUCAGAAAUGGAAAAAUCUCAUUUAAAUUAUCUGUUACUGCUGAGUUGGCUCCAGUAGUGCAGGUUGUGGUGUACACUGCCCUGCCCAGUGGGAAUGUUAUCGCUGCUAAGAAGAAUUUUGAUGUGGAAAAAUGUUUCAGAAAUAAGGUUUCUCUGCAGUUCUCGCCCACUAAAGCAGUUCCUGGUGAGAAAAACACUCUCGAGCUUUUGGCUCAUCCAGGUUCACUGUGUGGCCUCAGUGCUGUGGAUCAGAGUGUGUUUAUUUUGGAGCCAGAAAACCGUCUAAGCAUUAAAAAGAUAUUUCGGUUGUUGCCAGUAUCAUUAGCAUUAGGUUAUCCCUAUGGGGUUGAAGAUGAUCAAGAGUGCUUGCAUGUUAGACCUCGGCGGAGUUCUUGGGAUGACUCUUGGGCUUACAAUACGUUAAAGCGAGUGGGGCUGAAGAUGGCAACAAAUUUGGUUAUUAGAUCACCUCAGUGUUUGCUGUACAAAGGCUCAAAGUUUCAGUUAGCGACUUUUGUUCAUCAAACUCAUUAUGGUGAACGUGGUUAUUCUGGUUAUAGUAUGUCUGGAUUAGAUGGAGGAAGCACUAAGACAGUUCGUAAAUUCUUCCCAGAAACAUGGCUCUGGCAACUGUCCGAAGUGGGAGACUCUGGAUCGAUACAGCUUCCUGUCACUGUUCCUGACACCAUCACCACUUGGGAGACAGAGGCUUUCUGUGUGUCCUCUGUAGGUCUGGGACUGGCUCCUCCUGUUCAGCUCACUGUAUUUCAGCCAUUCUUCCUGGAGCUCUCGUUGCCCUACUCCAUUAUCCGAGGAGAGGUUUUUGAGCUGAAGGCCACUGUCUUCAAUUACCUUUCCAAGUGCAUUAUGGUCAAAGUGACCCCAGCCCCAUCCUCAGACUACACUCUUGAGCCUUCUUCUGAUGGUGAAUAUUUAUCCUGCCUGUGUGCAAAUGGAAGAAAGACUUUCAAAUGGACUCUAAUUCCUGCUGUACUUGGCGUCUUGAAUGUGACGGUGAGUGCAGAGGCAGAACAAUCCCAAACUCUGUGCGACAAUGAGAUAGUGAGUGUUCCAGAGAAAGGCCGCAUUGACACAGUUACACGAAGCCUGAUUGUAAAGGCUGAAGGAACUGAGAAGACAAAGAGCCAGAGCUGGUUAUUAUGUCCUCAGGGCAACAGUGUUUCAAAGGAAUUGGAGCUGACUCUUCCCGAAGAUGUAAUACAGGGAUCAGCACGAGCGUCUGUUUCAGUACUUGGUGACAUACUUGGCCGUGCAUUGAAAAAUCUGGAUGGGCUGCUAAAGAUGCCAUAUGGCUGUGGUGAACAAAACAUUGCACUUCUUGCCCCCAAUAUAUACAUUCUACAAUAUCUAGAAAACACUCAGCAGCUCACCACAGCAAUCCGUGAGAGGGCUACUGGUUUCCUAAAAAGUGGAUACCAGAGGCAGCUAAACUAUAAACAUAUUAAUGGUGCAUAUAGCACUUUUGGCAGGGGAGAGGAGAACACAUGGUUAACUGCAUUUGUCCUGAGGACCUUUGGCCAAGCACAACGUUACAUCUUUAUUGAUCCAGAAAACCUUAAAAUGGCAAAGAAAUGGCUGAUAAAUAGACAGAGACCAGGUGGUUGUUUUAUAAGACAGGGUAGUCUAUUCAAUAACAGAAUGAAGGGUGGUGUAAAUGAUGAUGUGACCAUGACUGCUUACAUCACUGCAUCUUUGCUUGAAUUGGGUCACACAGUCCAGGAUCCAGCUGUGAUUAGUGGGUUGUUGUGCCUAAAGUCUUCUAUUGCUAACCUGACAAACACUUAUGCCACUGCACUAUUGGCCUACACUUUCAGUCUGGCUGGAAAUAAUGAAAUUCGGGAUCAGCUACUGAAGAAGUUGGACAGUGUUGCCAUUUCAGGAGAUGGUCAGCUUCACUGGUCUCAGUCAGCAUUAGAUGAUGCCGACGCAUUGUCAGUGGAAAUCAGCUCCUAUGUGCUGCUAGCAGUUCUCACUACAGCUGAACUCUCUGCUGCUGAUUUGGGAUAUGCUAAUAGGAUAGUGAGUUGGCUGGUGAAACAGCAAAAUCCUUAUGGAGGCUUUUCAUCCACUCAGGACACGGUUGUGGCCCUCCAGGCUCUGGCUCUUUACUCCACUAAAGUGUUCAGCUCAGAUGGCUCUAGCACAAUAACUGUAACGUCAGCAGAUGGAGACAAUCACAACUUUGAUGUGAACCAGAACAACAAGUUACUGUACCAAGAAAGAUCAUUGAAAGAUGUUCCUGGGAAAUACAGCAUUGCUGUAAAGGGCUCGACCUGUGUGUCAGUGCAGACAGCACUUUUCUACAAUGUCCCCACACCUACUGAAACCAAUACUCUGAGCAUCGUGGCAGUGACUGAGGGAAAUUGCACAAAGUCAUUUGGACAAACUUUGUCCCUCAAUUUCACCAUCAAAUAUAACGGGGAACUAAACAACACUAACAUGAUCAUCGUGGACAUAAAACUCUUAUCAGGGUUCACAGCAGAUCCUGGUGAACUGAAAAAAGGCAUUUUGGUGGAACGAAUUGAUUCCAAAGAUGACCGUCUUAUUAUGUACAUCAAAGAGCUCCCUAGGAAUAUUCCUAUCAACUAUGAGCUACACAUUAAACGGGUGCUUCCUGUGAAAAAUCUCAAGCCAGCUUGGAUCAAAGUUUAUGAUUACUACCAAACAAGUGACCAGUCUGAGAUGGCGUACACUUCUCCCUGUGUGUAGAAUUGCAUGUUAAGGUGCAAAAAAAACCUUUGUUUUUUUCUGCUGGUUUAAUUAUCUGAUUGUGAUUUUUUGGUUGCUGUUGCUGAAAUAAAAAAAAAAUGAAGCUCA